AUGCAAAGUAAUUUCCUUUCACCACUGUCAAGUGUCUCACACUUCGUUCAAUGGUUUAAAAAGUUUUUCGACGCUAACUAUCAGGGAGAACCUCUUGGUCCCGUUCAUGCGAGAGCGAACGCUGGUGUGACUCCCCGCUUCAAAUUCGCUGCAGUUUCUACAACAGCAAAGAAAGCACCCGCUCGAGCUGGAGCUCCCGCUGCUCGGGUCCUCGAAGCCCCAAGAACUCCUGCAUCGGAAAGACAAAGGAAAAAGAAGAACGCACGGCCUCUGCUUUUCUACCGUAUCAAGGAUGUCCCAAGCUCUAAAGGAUAA